CUCACACUCUACUCUCAAACCCUAAUUUUUCAUUUCUCUCUCUAUAUCUCACACACACUAAAUUCAAAAACACACAAAAUGCGUGAGAUCCUUCACAUUCAAGGCGGCCAAUGCGGAAACCAGAUCGGAGCUAAAUUCUGGGAAGUAGUAUGCGCAGAACACGGCAUCGACGUCACCGGAAAGUACACCGGAGACGCCGAGUUACAACUGGAGCGAAUCAACGUUUACUAUAACGAAGCGAGUGGCGGAAGGUUUGUUCCACGCGCCGUCCUUAUGGAUCUGGAGCCAGGUACAAUGGAUAGUGUUAGAUCUGGUGCGUACGGACAGAUAUUCCGGCCGGAUAACUUUGUUUUUGGACAGUCUGGUGCCGGAAAUAAUUGGGCGAAAGGUCAUUAUACUGAAGGUGCUGAGUUGAUUGAUUCUGUUUUGGAUGUUGUUAGGAAAGAAGCUGAGAAUUGUGAUUGCUUACAAGGUUUUCAGGUGUGCCAUUCUCUUGGUGGUGGUACAGGGUCUGGUAUGGGAACACUUUUGAUAUCGAAGAUCAGAGAAGAAUAUCCCGAUAGGAUGAUGAUGACUUUCUCUGUGUUCCCUUCACCCAAGGUUUCUGAUACUGUUGUUGAGCCUUACAAUGCUACGUUGUCUGUUCAUCAGCUUGUUGAGAAUGCUGAUGAAUGUAUGGUUCUUGAUAACGAGGCAUUGUACGAUAUCUGCUUUAGGACUCUUAAGCUCACUACCCCAAGCUUUGGUGAUCUCAACCAUCUGAUUUCCGCAACCAUGUCUGGGGUCACAUGCUGUCUAAGGUUUCCAGGGCAACUUAACUCUGAUCUUAGAAAGCUUGCUGUUAAUCUCAUUCCAUUCCCGCGUCUUCACUUUUUCAUGGUUGGGUUUGCUCCACUCACUUCACGUGGAUCUCAACAAUACCGUGCUCUCACUGUCCCAGAGCUAACCCAACAAAUGUGGGAUGCAAAAAACAUGAUGUGUGCUGCUGAUCCCCGACAUGGGCGUUACUUGACUGCAUCUGCUAUCUACCGUGGAAAGAUGAGUACCAAGGAAGUCGAUGAGCAAAUGUUGAACGUGCAAAACAAGAACUCUUCUUACUUUGUGGAAUGGAUCCCCAACAAUGUUAAGUCAACCGUUUGUGAUAUCCCACCAACUGGUUUGAAGAUGGCUUCAACUUUCAUCGGUAACUCAACAUCCAUCCAAGAAAUGUUCAGGCGUGUGAGCGAGCAGUUUACUGCUAUGUUCAGGAGGAAGGCCUUUUUGCAUUGGUACACUGGUGAGGGAAUGGAUGAGAUGGAGUUCACCGAGGCUGAAAGCAACAUGAACGAUCUGGUGUCUGAGUAUCAGCAGUAUCAAGAUGCAACUGCAGAUGAAGAGGGCGAGUAUGAAGAAGAGGAGGAAUAUGACGAGGCUUGAGUGGUUGCAGAAGGUGGGUAACUUCUUGUCCGUUGUACUUGUGUGCCGUGGUUGUAACCUCAACUACCAUUCUAUCAAAAUCUAGGAAUUAGGUUAAGCAAUGUUUAUGCUAUGAACGUAUUGAUGAUUUUCUAUUUUCAAAAGAGUUAUGGCUACAGUUUGGUUGGUUGAUCAAGAGAUAUUUGUGCA